GUGCCCACGUCCCCCGCACCGGCGCCGGUGCUCCUACCAUCAUUCACUCACUCACUCAAGUGCCCGCUACAUCGUGGCACGCGACCACUCUCGGAUCUUUUACGAAGCCAUUUUUCACUCUUUAAAGCAGAAUAUAGAGGACACACCUGCGAAAUCACCGACAAUGGCAGACUCUCGCCCAGGUCACAUACCCUCCCCCGCCGCGCUCCGCGCGUCCCUCCGCAGGGACGGCUUCGUCAUCAUCCGCUCCAUCCUACCGCCCGCACAGCUCGCGGCGCUGCACGCGGCCGCGCGGCGGACGACCGCCCUCGCCCGGGCGGGCGGGUGGCCCCACGUGCGCACCGUCGGCAAGCAGUUCCCGCCGUGGACCUUCGACCCGGAAGCCGGCAUCUGGGGCGUCCAGGGGCUGAUGGACCCGGCCCUUGGGCCGGAGAGCCGCGUCUUUGCGCGGGGCUACUUCUCGGAUGAGAUCCUGGGUGUGGUCAAGGCUCUGCUUGGUUCUGAUGAUGAUGAUGAUGAUGAUAACGACGACGACAGUCUGGUCCUCGAGCUGUACAACCUCCUCGUGAACCCGCCCACGCCCUUCGCCCUGCGCUGGCACCGCGACGACAUCCCCGCCACCGCCACCACAGAGGAGGAAGAAGCCCGCCUCCUCCACAACCGCACGCCUUCUUCCUCCUCCAGACAGCAGCAGCAGCAGCCGUUGUACAGCCACACGCAGUACAACCUCGCCCUCUGCGACGCGGACGCCAGCCUCGUCGUGGUCCCGGGCUCGCACGCCCGCGCCCGGACGCAGGCCGAGCGCGACGCGGACCCCUUUGCGGAGCAUCUACCGGGCCAGCUGGUGGUGCAGCUCGGCGCGGGGGACGUCGUGUUUUACGACAACAACAUCCUGCACCGCGGGGUCUACGAGGAUGUCGCGCGCGAGCGGAUGGCGCUGCACGGGAGCGUGGGCCAUGUCAGGGCUGGCAAGGCGAGGGCCAGGAAUGUCCUGCAGCAUGGUGUCAGGGACUGGGUCGAGGGCGUCGAUUUUGACGAGGUCUUUGCUGCUGGCCUUGCUGGUGGUGAUGAGGCCAGUGAUGCUUGGUAUGAUCAGCUGCAAGGCGAGGCGGAGAGGAAGGCAUGGAAGGAGAGGCAGAAGGCCAGGGCGGAGAAGAUGCGUGAGAAGCUUGUCAAGCUGGGCAGAGAGAGCGGCGAUGUCGGAUAUUCUUUGACGGGUUAG